AUGAGGACCUAUGGUCGAGUGGUUCGCGAAGAGGUGGUGGUUCUUGUUUGUUUGUUCAAGUGCGGUAGGCAGAGAGUCAGACAAAGAGGAAUGAAGCAGAAGCAGUCUGGGAAAGAGACUAUUAAGAAAGGAGAGGAGAAACUAAAAUUUUUCCUCCUGUGUUUUUUUUUAGUGCGGGGAAGGAGUUAUAUAGUUGGACGCAGGCGAGCCGGUCCCAGUGAGUUACCGGGGGAAGAGUCAGGACGCCCCCCCUUCGUGACGGCAGGCAGGCUCAUGAUUGCACCAUGGCCACUGCGUGGUUUCCAUUUCCAGGCACCGCGCCAGGGUCACGCUUGGCUGGGGUGGAGCUGCCCAGCAAUUUUCAUCCCCAAUAAAUCGUUACUAGUAGUGACUUGGUUGAACCUUCCCUCUUUCUGCAUUCUGCGGUUAUGCGCGCGCUACUCCAUCAUCACCGCUGCUUUCAGCCCUGCAAAUUUUCACCCCGUUAGGGCGGCACCCAAGACGUGCAACAUUCACAGCCAAUCAUUGUCCGUCUGCCCUCAGUCUUACAGUCCCAUUGGUUGGUUGUGGACCCACCGCCCCUGCCUAUCCUGGCUGCUUUUAGGAAUUUCUGUGCGAUCAUCUGACAUGCACGGCGCCAAUCCAAGGCGUGGCGAAACGGCCGGCUCUGGUGGUUUCCUGGGGGUAAUGGAAAUUGCUGAGUCGGUCACGCGUCAUCGGCCAACACAUUGCGUGCGGCCUGUUCUGAUUCUAUUUGGGUCGAUCCUGAUGAAUGAGGGGGAAGACACUCGCAAUUUCGCCAUCAAUAAUAGCAAUAAUUCGGUGUAUCCAAGGGGCUAUGGUAUGCUUGGGCCCGGGGCUGAGUUGAUGCUGCUUCCUUGGUCUUGGAUGUACAAAUUCGUUGUCCACUUGCACUAUCUCCUUCCACUAUACCGUAUAAUGCCCAAUAUCCAAGACAAACCCUCGUGGCUUCACCGUCAGCCGGUCAACCGGCAUCGUCCAGUCAAAUCCUGGUUCACACGUCUCAGCUAA